GUUGUGACAACACGCUCCCAAUAAUCGUCAGCGACUGUCAGGUUAAUGUUAAGUGAUCACCUGUAGAUCAUGAUCAUAUAAGCUAUUAAGGUGAAGACCGAGCUGCCAGAUAAUUAUUAUUAUGUAUGACUAAAUAGAACAAGAGAAAUCCAGCAUGGCAAAACCUGAAGCACACCGAAAGUUUUAUGAAUUUCCAAAUAAAGAUGUUGAAGAAGAGUCCUGCUCUCAGUCAAAAAGUGAUCCUGAGGAGUUUAUUAAAUAUGUUUCUUCAAAUAUCAUCGGAUCAGAUACUGUGUUUUCAUCUCCUUUUGGACUUCGUAAAGCUGUCUACUGUGAUUGUAUAGCUUCAGGGAGAUCAGUUAGCUUUAUUGAAGACUUCAUUUUAAAUGAAGUUCUGCCUCAGUAUGGAUCAACACACACAACUUCAUCUGUGACAGCAUUGCAGACAACACUUUUCAGACACGAAGCCCGAGAAAUUAUUCGUAAUGCCACACAGGCAUCUGAACAUGAUCGAGUACUAUUUGUUGGAAGUGGAGCAACUGGUGCCAUUCAUAAGUUAAUACAUGGCUUAAGGAUUCAGGAAUCUCCAGUUGUUAUCGUUGAUCCUUUCUCUCAUCAUUCAACUAUUUUACCCUGGAGAGAAAUAGGGGCAAAGGUUAUCAGAAUACGUGAAAAUUCUGUAGGUGACAUAGACCUUGAUCACCUUGAGGAAACAUUGAAACACCACCAGGGCGCUCGACAUCUCAUUGGCUGUUUCACAGCUGCAAGUAAUGUAACAGGUGUUGUUGUGGAUGACAUUCAAAUAACAACACUUUUGCAUAAGUAUGGUGCUCUUGCAUUCUGGGAUUAUGCUACUGCUGCUCCUUAUAUUGAUUUGAAGGUGAAUCCAGUCAUAAUAGAUGAUUCCUUGGGGUUGGCAUCUAAGGAUGCAGUAUUCUUUUCAAUGCACAAGUUCCUUGGUGGAGUUCAAACACCAGGUAUUCUGAUUGCUAAGAAGGAUCUUUUUAAAAACCCGGUUCCUGAAGUAUGUGGAGGUGGGACAGUGUUUUUUGUUACAAGGGGCUCACAUAGGUAUUUACAGGAUGUUGAAACCAAAGAGGAAGGAGGUACACCGGCAGUUGUGGAGGCCAUCAGAGCAGGUUUAGUUAUGCAACUGAAAGACAACAUAACAUCAGAGUUCAUCAUGACUCGACAUAAACUCUUGAAUAAAAAAAUAAGAGAGCUGGUUCAUCAUACUCCACAACUGAUCCCCAUUGGUAAUGUAGACUUUGAGGAGCGUAUCCCUAUUUUGUCAUUUGUUGUACGUCAUCCCCAAAGUGGUCUUUUCUUGCAUCAUAAUUUUAUGUGCUCUGUUUUAAAUGACUUGUUUGGAGUACAAGCUCGUGGUGGUUGCAUGUGUGCAGGACCCUACGCUCAAGAUCUUCUUGGCAUUGAUGAAGAUUUGGCCCUGAGAUUUGAAAAACUUUUGGUUGAAGAUAGUAGAUUGGACCGAAGUCACUUAAGAAGGCACCAAGAGCAUAGUGACAUUGAAGUUAUCAGACCAGGAUUUGUCCGUCUGAACCUUCCAUUUUAUUUCUCUGAUGAACAGAUUGAUUAUAUCUUAUCUGCAGUGAAAGAGGUUUGCAUAAAUGGAUGGCGUUUACUACCCCAGUAUAUUUUGAACCCAGAAACUGGAGAAUGGAAACAUCACACAAACUUAGUUUUCAAAAAACGAUUGUGGUUGCAGUCAGUCUCAUACUCAAAAGGUUUUUUCUCUUUCGAAAGAAAAGAUAAAGGCAAAAAUGAAGAUGCACCAUCCUAUGAAGAGUGUUUGAUCAUUGCAAGUAGUAUUUUUGAAGAAGCAGCAAAGGUGUCACAGAGGAGACAGGUCCCAGAUGAUACAAUCCUUUUUAAGGAAGAAGCUGCUGAGUUACGAUGGUUUUUGCUACCCAGUGAAGCAAAAACCUACAUCAAAGAAGCAAAAAUGGUGGACUUAUUCAUGAGGAACCAGUAUGAUCCUCCAUUUACACCAUCAAUGUAUCCUUUAUCAGACAAAGAAUUAAAGAAAAGAAAUGAUUUCAUUUGGGAUAGACUGAAAAAUGAUUUUAGUUAUAGAAGAGAAAGUAUGUUGUCUGAAAGGACAAAUAUCACUUCCUAUAAUAGUGUCAUCAAGAGUAUUACCAGUCAGCAAAGUGAUAUAAGUGAUGAUGGUAAUUGUGCCAUAGUAAAGGGUGGUUCCAAUAAACCAGGAAAAGAAUUUGAAAAUAACAUUGCCAAAAUAGUUGAUCUUAGUAUUGCAGACUCCAGUGAAGUCAAGUUUGUAGAAAUUGAAAAUUCAAGUAGAAAAACCAAAUUUGUAUGUGAAGACUUGAAGUGUUUCAUCAAGAGAGAUGAUAGUAAAGCAUGUCAGGCAGUUACUAAAGUAAAAUGGCACUCUCCCCCAAAGAACAUCUUUAAUUCAACAGUUGAGGCACUUCAAGAGUUUAACAUGGUGCAGAAUGGUGACCGAGUCUUAGUUUGCCUUUCAGGAGGAAAGGAUUCUCUUUCUCUCUUGCAUGUGCUGAAACAGUAUCAGUAUUAUGCAAAACCAAGAGGGAUUGACUUUGCAUUGGGUGCAGUAACAGUUGAUCCUAUGAGUGCAUCAUAUGAUCCUCGACCACUUAUUCCAUAUCUGGCCAGUUUAGGAGUCCCUUAUUUCUUUGAACAACAAGACAUUUUGAAACAAGCUUCAGAACUGGAGACAUUGAAUUCCAUCUGCAGCUUUUGCUCACGCAUGAAGAGAGGCAGAAUUUAUGCAGCGGCGAGACGUGAGCGUUACAAUGUCUUGGCUUUUGGUCAGCAUCUAGAUGACCUUGCUGAAAGUUUUAUCAUGUCAGUUUUUCAUAAUGGAAGACUACGUACCAUGAAGGCACAUUACAGUGUGAGAGAAGAAGACCUCCGUGUUAUUCGUCCAUUUGUUUAUGUAAGAGAAAAGGACCUGAGAAUGUUUGCUGAAUCUAAAAAGUUACCUGUGAUUCCUGAGAAUUGUCCAGCUUGUUUUGAAGCUCCUAAGGAAAGACAUCGAGUGAAACAGAUGCUUGCCCAGCAGGAAGUAUUAUUCCCAGGACUCUUUUGGUCACUUCGAACAGCUUUGCAUCCAGUUAUGGCUAUACAGAUAACUGGGAUAGAAAAUGAAAUGUUUGGAAAAAAGAGCAGACUGAAACUUCCUUCGGUUGAAUGUACUGAAAAUGGAGAUGAGGAGAGUGAAAAUUUGUGAAUAACUUAAAACAAUUUGUAAUUUGGGCAAUAUUUACUUUGAAAUACUUUUACAUAUUUACCUGUACAAUAGCAUAUUUCUUCACCUAUACAA